AUGUACGCGGAGGGCCGUCACAUCGUCAUCUUGCUCGACAACGCCAGCUCGCACACGCUGAAGAGCGAGAUGGCUUGGAGCGAGGUCGUUCACGGCUUUCGCACGACCUGCAUGAGCAACAUCCCCUUGGUGUUUCUGCCGCCGAACACCACAGCAUUCACCCAGCCCCUGGAUCAGGGGAUCAUCGCCACCGCCAAGGCGCGCUACCGUCAGCACUGGAUGCGGAAUUUCACGGCCCUGUGGGCGGCGGACGGCGCAACAAGCAGCUGCGAGCGGUGCUCGUGGCGCACCGGAUGCCUACCUCAUUCGUGGGCCAUGGAGCUGUCGCAUGUUCACGAUAGGGAUGGUUACGGUGGCGAAGGUGAACUUGACGGCACACGCGUUGAUGCCUACCCCGACAUCGAUCUCGACGAGGAUAUCGGGGAUGUCGGGAUUCUCAUUUCCCGACUCGGACUCAGGCCCGGCGCGAUGCCCGCUGCUGAGUAUGUCGCCAUCGACGAGGAUCAACCGACAUGCGCCGAGACCGGCGAGGACCCGCUGGCGGGAGAGCCGGGUGCGGGCGUGGUGGCGGAACUUUGGGAGGCGCCAACCACCAUGCAAGCCGUGUACGAGGCGUGA